UGGAAUGUGGAAACUUAGGGUUAUGCUCGUUUCUGUUGCAGCCACUAAAUCAAUAUUCUGAGAUCGAAAAAGCUUUAAAAAAAAUCUGUGAUCGAAGCUUAACGAGAGAGUAGAGUGAAGAUGAUCUAUGAUGUGAACUCUGUUCUGUUCAGAUCCUUCCUGAGCCAGAAGGGUAGCUCGUCCGACAAAAGGAAAAUGGAGGACAAGCCAAGAGAACAGAAGCCCAAAGCCAGCGACAACAAACCUGUUAUGAAUGAAUAGAGUAGAUCUUCUUGUAAUUUCUCUUUACCUUCUCCUGGUAUUUCAGUUGUACGGAUCAUUUUAAUGAAUUAAGUUUCUUUCCUUGCAAUUGCCA